GGCUCCUGAAAAAGGAAACAUGAAGAUGGGGGGACACUUGCAUAUGCUAUCAAAGUGGCUGGUUCUGCUGAACUUCAUGGCAUUGGAGGUCUCAUCCAUAGAAACAGUUAACCUGGUGGAUUUUUGUGGGCAGACCAUCAGAGACGACGGGCUGAUUAUCAAUUCGCACAGAGACUCCCGGCGCUACUACUUCGUGGCCACGGGGACGGACUGCUCCCUCACCAUGCAGGCUGCGUCGCCCAGAGACAAAGUCCAGUUCCAGUUCCGCUUCUUCUUGGUGUACAGCCUGCUGCGCCUGGCCCCCAGCGGCGGGUCCCUGCCCAAUGCCACCCGAGUGCCUCUGCCCCCAGAGACUGCCCGGCCCAGCCAAAGGGGGCCUGGGCAGCCCUCAUCUGGUGGAGACUGGGAGCUUCAGGACCCCUGCAAUGCUGGAUCGUUUGUGCAAUUCUAUGAUGGCAGAGAUCGCGCCGCCGAGCCGCUGGGGUUCCCGCUGUGUGGGAAGAGCAUCCCCAGGCCCAUCCUGUCCACCGGGAACUACCUGACCCUGCGCUUGGUGACACGGGGGCAGCAGCCCCGGGUGGAUUUCGUGGGCGAUUUUACAUCCUUCCGGCUGGGCUUCAGCACAUCCGAGUGCAGCGAGGAGCCGUACUUCCAGUGCCGCAACAGCAAGUGCAUUCCCAUGAGCCUGGUGUGUGACCGGACGGGGAUCGAUAACUGCGGGGAUGGCUCGGACCAGGCAGCCCACCCCCCUGCCAAGUGCAGAGGCCGCCUGCCCACAUCAGCCUUUCUCCAGCCUGCGAGCAGCCCUGCAGCCCACAUCACUCCCUGCCUGGCAUCCUGUGGCGAGGCAGAGAAGAGCCAGCCCUUGGCCCCAGACACCACGCCCCAGGACGAGCAUGCAACAGGUAAGAGGAGCUUGUGCUCCUUGCUGGUCCUCUACAUGCUCCUGGGGCUGAGCGUGGGCUCAGCCCUCCUGCUCUGGUGCUGCUGGUCCCCUGGCUGGUUUGUCUGGAGACUCGGGGCCUGCCGGUUCCUGCCUGGCUGCAACUCCAUGUGGGCCUCGUGCCAACUCUGCCCCCGCAGCUGUGCCCCCAGGAACCACGGCUGUUCCAGCAAAGUCACGCCGCAGCACAGCGCCGAGCUGCCCAUCUGAUGUCAGCCAGGGCACCGAGCUGGAGGAGCAGAAA